GCGUCCCGCGUCAUUUUCCGUUCGCACGUUACACGCAGCGGUACAACGUUAUCUGUUGUUAUUUAAAUAAUAUUGAUUGUGCGUUCUGAAAGUUUAAUAAUUGAAUAAUUAAUAUUGUUUAAUUGUAAUUAGAGCUGAGUGAAUAAUGAAGAGCAGUAACUUUCUGUUGAACGUUCGAUUAUGUGUCUAUCAUUUUGCACUUUUGCAUUUGGUGUAUGCGGCGAUAGUGAUUCUGCCGAUCGACAUGUCAAAGGAUGAGGACCCGCGGGUCAGUGUAUACAUACGCGUCAAGUGGAAGCUGCUUACAUGCUGGUUUAAUUUAAUAUCGCUCGCUUAUUUUCCGAUUGCAAUAUACUGCGACUGGAAAGAGAAGCACGGAGAAUGGGACAAAGAAAAUGUGAGAAAAUGGAGAAAAAUCCGAGAUUUUAUUAUGACCAACAUUUUAUUUCCUACUACAAUGUACAGUGACUACUUCUUCUGGCGAAUGUGGCUCAAGGACCCUUCAUUGAUAGCGCCGGUAGCGAUCUUCAAGUACCUGCCGCCCUGGGCCCAGCACUCCCUUCACACGGUGUCAGGUAUCAUGGUGAUGCUGGACAUAGUGUCGCUGCCGAGGAGACGCCCUAAGAGUCCCUGGCCUGGCCUAGCAGCGUUGAUUGCUUUCUGCUCUGUAUAUUCUGCUGUUCUUAUAAUAAGUUACUACAGCGGCGAAGUAGUAUACAGCUUCCUGGACUUACUGAACCGUCUGGAGCUUGUCCUGCUGGGCUUGUUGGCUCUCACUGAGCACAUCUUCUUCUAUACUCUGCAGUGGUGUAUCGUUGAGUUCGUGUGGGGUAAACCACAUAUGAUCGCGAAGAAACAAGUCUGACAUAUAAUAGUUAUGCUAUAUUCUAGUUAAAGAGUAGAAUUUUAGUGUGAAAUCUAGAAAAUGACAUUGUAAUGUGAUCUUCUGAUAUAGAUUGUUUGCAUAUGAUAUCUAUAUAUAUAAAAAUGAAUUGCUGUUCGUUAGUCUCGCUAAAACUCGAGAACGGAUUUAUCUUAUCUUGGUCUUGAAAUGUUCGUGGAGGUAUAGGGAAGGUUUAAAAGGUGAGAAAAAUUAGAAUAAUUGCCGGGAAAACCAUAAAAACAACCCUUUUCUAUUUCCCAUACAAACGUUUAAGAGUCAAGGGGUAGGGUAUGGUAGGGGUAGAGUAGUGUAGAGUAGGGAUAGGGAAGAAGUGCACAUAAGUCAAAGCGUAGCUUGACCGGGUCCACUAGUAUAUGAUAUUUAUGGGGAUGACUUUGCCAGUUGCCUUAGUUGUUUGUAGAAGUAUACAGGCAGGCGUAGGUGUGCAAACCAAAGCAGUGUUAAACAAUCCAAAAGUAUUUGCCUUAAAUUGGAAUUGGACGUAAGUAAACACUCAAGAAUACGCAGUGGCGUAGCCUGGGUUUUUGCCACGCGAGGGCUGGGGCCGACUGGAAAUUUGCCCCCCCCCCCCUCUCACACUAAUUUAAGUAAUAGUAAAGUUUAAAUAUUUUUCAAAAAAUUUAUAUUAUCGUGAGUAUUAUUCUAUGUUAUAACUCACGUGACAUAAUGUCGGAGUAUGCCCUACUAGUUUCGAGCCAAACUCAUAAAUUAUAAAAAUAUUUUAUUCAACGGCCCUGAUUGUAAUAUGUACAUAAUUUACAUCGUACAUACAUAAACUGGCAUUGCUUCUAUGAGAAUAUAGAUCAACCGAGCGACAUUACUGCAAGCUUUGAAAAAAUAUAUUUUUGUACUAGAUUCUGUCUAAUGAGGCGUUGGAUUAUCCAUUUUUUUUAUUUUUAAAUCCUACAUACAAUCCUGGCAUUUGCUGCCGCGCCGCUCCGGUUUAGGCUCCAGGGGCAAUUGCCCCCUUGCCCCUCACAUCGCACGUCACUGGGUACAUGAAUACCAAAAAAAACCACCUCCACACUGACAAAACAUCUAGUUCAAUAAUUAGUCCAUUUAAAUAUUAAUCCAUGUUAUUACUGUUUAAGUGUUAUUGUAAAAGCUAGGUUUAUUUUUAAUGAUUGUAUGAAAAAGGUAGGCACACCUACGUAAUAAUGUAAAUUAGAAGGGUAAUAGAAUAAACAGAUAUUUUUUUA